GCCCGGGGGCGGUCCCGGGGCGGUCCCGGCAGCACCGGCGGGGCGGUGCCGGCGGGCGGAGCGGGCGCGGCCAUGGCGCUGAACCUGGCCAAGAACGGGCGGGCGCUGCAGGAGGCCUACGGGAGCGUGGUGGCCGCGGGGAGCCGCACGGACUGGGCUUUGUUCACCUACGAAGGGAACAGCAAUGACCUGCGCGUGGCCGGCUCUGGAGAGGGGGGCCUGGAGGAGAUGGUGGAGGAGCUCAACAGCGGCAAGGUGAUGUACGGCUUCUGCCGCGUCAAGGAUCCCAACUCGGGGCUGCCCAAAUAUGUCCUGGUCAACUGGACAGGUGAGGGUGUCAAUGACGUGCGGAAAGGAGCCUGUGCCAACCACGUCAGCACUGUGGCCAGCUUCCUGAAGGGGGCUCACGUCACCAUCAAUGCCCGGGCAGAGGAGGACGUGGAGCCUGAGCUCAUCAUGGAGAAGGUGGCCAAGGCCUCCGGGGCCAACUACAGCUUCCACAAGGAGAGCAGCAAGUUCCAGGACUCAGGGCCCCAGGCUCCUGUGGGCUCUGUGUACCAGAAGACCAACGCCAUGUCUGAGAUCAAGAGGGUCAACAAGGACAACUUCUGGGCCAAAGCAGAGAAGGACGAGGAGAACCGGCGGCUGGAGGAGAGGCGGCGGGCGGAGGAGGAGCGGCAGCGGCUGGAGCGCGAGCGGCGCCAGCGCGAGCUGCAGGAGGCGGCCGGGCGCGAGCAGAUGUUCAGGGCCAGGGCCAGUGAAAUCGAGGCCCAGAAGAGACUGCAGCAGCAGCAGGAGGCUGAGGACAGGGACAGGGAGCAGCAGCAGUGGAAGGAGCGCGCCGAGGAGCGCGAGGCAGCCAGGGGCGUCAGGAGGAGCGAGUCGGUGGAGAAAGCCCAGGAGGCGGCCACGCUGAUCGCACAGAGAGCCGUCAACCCCCGCGACAUCUUCAAACAGCGGGAGAGAGCGGGGCCGGGGGACACGGGGCUGCCAGCACAGCCAGGCAAGCUGCGCAGCCCGUUCCUGCAGCAGGAGCUGACCUCGGUGCCCAGCCCUGCCUCCCCCAGCAGGGGUGUCUGGGGGUCCCCCCCGGCCUCCCCAGGCCCCGCAGCAGGGCCAGACUCUGGCUACAGUUCUGGUGUGCCUGGGUCCCACGUGGAGGAGAACCUGUACGAGGAGCCCCCGGAGCCCUCGGCCAUCUACGAGGAGCCCCCCCAGGAGCAAGCUGGCGAUGCCAAAUAUGACUACAGGGUGGAGUACCAGGAGCCCCCAGACCUGGCGGGGAAGGGGCUCUGUGCCCGGGCACUCUAUGACUACCAGGCUGCUGACGACACCGAGAUCUCCUUCGACCCUGAGAACAUCAUCACCAACAUCGAGAUGAUCGACGAGGGCUGGUGGCGCGGCUUCGGCCCCGACGGCCACUUCGGCAUGUUCCCCGCCAACUACGUGGAGCUGAUCGAGUAGGGGGGCUGCCGGGGGGCUGCCGGGGGGCUGCAGAGCCCCGGGGCUGCUGCAGAGCCCCGGGGCUGCUCCAGACCCCGAGCCCAGCCGGCUCCUGCCUGGCUCUUCCCACGACACGUGGCUUUCUCUUCUCUCUGUUUCUCUCUCUCUCAGUGAAGUGCCAUUCCCCAGUCCCUCGGCAGUGGGGACCCCCAGGCUGCCCCCCGUUCCCCCUAGCUGCCCUUGGGUGGGGGCAGGAAGGGUCCCAUCCCACCCUGAGCCCGCAGUGCUGGUCUCCCCCUCGUGACGAAUCCCUCACGGGAAUUUUCAGGGAACAAAUUACCUCCCCCCUGUGCUCCCUCCCUCCCUCCCUCGCCGUGACCUUGGCCCUGCCACAGCCACACUGGAGAAGCCACUUUCCCGAGCUGAUUUCAUUGGGAAAGCUCGUCAGAGUAAUUUUGGGGUCCUGCAGGGUCUGACGUGGCCAGGAGCGGUGAAUCCUGGCCCUGCUCGCCACGCGUGCUGCUGUGCUCCCCUCCCUGCUCCCCUCUGUUCCCUCGCCCCAAAGAUGCUCCGGGGGUUUGACCUGGGGGUGAAUGACCUCCCCUGCAGCCCGGCCAAGCGCGUGGGACCCCCCUCCCCGCCCCAAACUCACUGUGAACAAGGAAAAGCCCAGCCCAGCCCAGCCCCUCCCGCCCGCAGUUUCCUGCCCUGGUGUCACUUUAGGAAUAAAAGGAGAGAAAGGCUUGGGGGGGGUCCCAGUUCACCCCCCCCUCCUACAGGUGCUGGGGGACACGGUGGCUUCUCUGAGUCCCUCCCCCGAGCUCCUCCUCCUCCUCCCCCCGGGCCCUCCCCAGCAUCAAUAAAAGGGCUUUUCUUUGGUGA